CCGCUAGCAAACUGGAUUCCCAAACCGAAGUGCCUUCGGAAACUGCAUCCGCCAGCAGUAUGUCUUCCCCGAGCACCAGCUCCAGCAUUGCACCUGAAGGUUGGCUGGAUGAUAGAAUGCUGAAUGCAGUGCUGCAUGAUCAGCGUGAAAUGCUGGCCAAACUGGAGAAGGCCAACGAAACCCUGGACACGUGCAACACCUUGAGCCAUCAGCGUAUCGACGCGUACGCUACUGACUUCAAACACCACGUCAAGCUCUUAUUGGAAAUGAAGAAAGAUCUCGAGUCAUUGUAUAAACGGUUAAGAAUUGUCCAAACCAAAGUCUCCAAACUGUAUCCAGCUAACUACGCGGAUGCAGUCAGUAAAGCGGAAAUGCACGAAAUAGAGGAAGACGAGAAUGACUGAUUUUAAUUACAUUUUGGCCGUCCUGGAAUUUUGUACGCGCAGUCUGUUGUUUCCGUUUUCCUGGAUGUUCAUGACCUGCAGUUUGGAUUUUGUUUGGUUUUAUGCGUCCAUUUGCAGUUGAUUUGCAACCAUAUUGAUCUCGUCACAGUUUCUGUUUUUGUUUAAGUUUCAUUUUUUAGAUUAACUUUUCAACUGUAAAGUCAUUUUUCGUUUGCCAUGAUACCGGUAUCCAUAAUUUUUAUAAACCUAAUUUUACCCGUGACGCGUUAUUUCCAUUUUGGCAGUUUAAUUUCCAAUUUGUUGUUGUGUAUCGGGUUUUCACAAUCAGUGUAAAGUACCCUAUAAGAAAGAAGUACA